GAGCGCCGUGCUGGGAUGGCGGAGCGGCGGCUGCGGGCCCGUGUGCAGGGCGGCUGGGCCGGCGGCCCGGCGGGGCGGCCCGCAGCACCUAAGGCACCUGUGGUGAGCAGCCUUGCCCCUGCGGAUGCCAGACCGGCAUGGAUGAGGAAAGAUCAGGCUCACACUCAAAAGCAAUUUGUCUUUGAAAAGCCAUCAGAGGUGGAGCGCAGAGUUCCUGAGGCAGGUGUGAUAGACAAGCCUGGUGUGUAUGAGCUCAGCAAAGGGCCAACUGGCACUUCUAGGAUUCGUUUGAUUCCUGGCUUUAUUGACUCAGAACAGGCAGACUGGAUGUUUGAACAACUCCUCCAAGACAUACCCUGGGGUCAGCGAACUCACAUCAGGCAGGAAGUAUCUUUUGAGGAACCACGGCUUACAUCCUGGUAUGGGGAACUUCCUUACACCUACUCCAGGAUAACAAUGCAGCCAAAUCCAAACUGGCAUCCUCUGCUGACCGUGCUGAAGGAGCGCAUUGAGGAGUUCACUGGCUACACCUUCAACUCUCUUCUCUGCAACCUCUACCGAAAUGAGAAGGAUAGUGUGGACUGGCACAGUGAUGAUGAACCAUCGCUGGGAAAAAACCCCACCAUUGCCUCACUCAGCUUUGGUGCUACUCGGACCUUUGAGAUGAGGAAGAAACCUUCUCCUGAAGAGAAUGGAGACUAUACUUAUGUAGAGAGACUAAAAAUCCCCCUUGAUCACGGGACUCUCUUGAUGAUGGAAGGAGCUACCCAGGCAGAUUGGCAGCAUCGAGUGCCUAAGGAAUAUCAUUCUAGAGAUGCACGGAUAAACUUGACCUUUAGGAUCAUUUAUCCAGAAUCUGAUGGAGUUUGGGAGUGAAGAGGCACUUGGACAUCGUUGGGUGUACAUCCACAGCAGAUCCAGACCCUCAGAUUGCCACAGAUUUAAAAGAAGCCUUACAGGAACAGAGUUCCAUGAAAUACAUGAUGAGGAAAAGAGUCGCUAUUAUGAAGAUCUUUGGCAAUCCGAAAGAUGCCUGUGUUAUAUGGACAGAAAUUAUAUGCUGUUACAUAGUAUUGAAUUGCAGGCUUUAAGUUUGUGAAACAACAAUGAUUGUUCUUAAAAGAACACAAAGCACGUGAAAAAUUUGAGAGGUCCCAUCUGGAGCAGAAAGAUUCAGUGAGCAGAUAGUUUUGCCUCUUGUCUUGACUCUCCUUUACCCUUAAGAAGUGAUCUUUGAGGUAAUGACAAGAUGGGUUUCUUUGAUGUAAAGCCAUCUCUGUGUGUGUAUAGCAAUGAUAAAGCUGCACUUGGUGAUGUUCUCAAAGUAUUAGUCAUUUCAUCAAGAGGCAGUGCAUUGCUGUUUAGGUUGCAGAGUCUUUUCCAAUUAAGCAGUUUCAUAAUUUAAACAACUACUUGAAUUAUACCAGUGUCUCCUAGAACGGAGGGCCAAGGCUCUUUUCUGCCACGCACUCUGUGGUCAGACUUUAUCCUGUUUAUCCAUUUAGAGAAAACAAAGCGAAGGCAAGUGACAGAGAGACCUUGGCCAUGAGCCUUAUCACUCAGGUUGGAGCUGCCCAUGGCUUGAGUAUUAGCAGUCCUCCAUCCCUGCUGGCUUAAAACUGUUACCUCUGUGUCUCAGGCGGGAAAAUAGACACAAAGAGAUGGGAAAAAAAUUACUUGCAGAAUUUGCUAAUAAAUUCUUGGUUUAUUUUUUGUUUUUAGCAUGACUGAGUUGUGGCUUCCAUUGAUUUCAGGCGGGAGAGAAAAUGUCAUCAUCUCUAAAAAUUAGGCUUGUGCUGCCAGAUUUGAUACCAGAAGAAUUGGUCCAAAUAUUUGGAACUAAAUUAUUGCAAAUCUACACUAAGUAGACUGUAGUAGCACCAGGCACAAUACUCACACUGGUGCUACUGCUCCUAGGUCAAUGCAUGUUGCAUUAAAAAAUAUUACUUGGAGGGUUAUCUCUUGAACCUCUGCUGUUACAGAUCAGCAGUCAGCACCUCAGACCUGAUUCUAGGUUGACUUGAUGGAAUUCUUCAAGUUUGCCUACAUCAGGUACAACUCACCUGGCGGUGGGAAGCAGUGAGCUGGUGACUGCAGUCUGGAUGUUAAGUCAGGUGUGCUGCCUACAUGAUUAAGUUCUCACUGCAGAGAGGUGGUAUCCACCGUACAGGAUUAAAACAUAGGUUUGGUCUGUCUUCACUGUGCCUGAAGUAGGAUCUAAGCACAGGUAAAUACUCCACGCCUUGUAACGUUAACUUUGUUAAGCAAAUUAAUGUACCUCUUUAGGGUAAGAAUAAGCUGGUGUUUAUAAAAUAUCUGUCUUUUUUUAGCUGGCAUUUGCUGUGGUUUAAAUUCUUACUUGAUGAGAACAGUCAAGUUAUAAAUACUCAGUUAUGCCUAUGUUUUAACGUUAUUGAUGACCUAAAGGACAGACUGUUGAGCCAUUUCAGUCUCUGUGAUCUGAAAUUGAGCAGAAUCAUUUUCUAGAAUAAUUUUCUGUGUGAUACUUUCUACACCAUACAUUAAUCUUCUAAAAUGAAUGAAUGUUAUUAGAAAACUUGCUCUGUUAUCUAAUGAUGUCUUCACUUUCAUCUGAGUUUGUUCAGAAAUAUGCUUUUGGAGUAUAUGUAAUGUUAAUUCCUUGAAUUUUAAUCUAAGAUCUAGGUUCUGUGAUGUAUCUCCUGGGAACCACUGCUGAAGGAAGCAGACACUUGCUUCCACGUUUACUUUCAUUGGGUCACUGGAGCUUUGUGCACAUCCCUGUAAGUGUGUCCAGGUUUGGCAGUCCUGUCAGAGAGUGUUUUUCCUUAACCAAGGGACAGUGCUAAUUUCUCCAGGUAUUCUGAGAAGGCAACACUUUAGCCUUUAUCAGUUCAUAGAGGCCACAUUUAUUUUCACUGUGUUAAGAGCUGUCAUGAUUGAAGAGAGCGUAGGAGAUAGGGACAAGUCGGGAACUCUUAAACCCCCCCCAGACCUCAGCCUAUGGAAAUUGCAACUCAUUUGAAUUCAAUGAAUCUAUGGCACAUAACUAAUGGUAGGCCCUGGAGGCUGAUACUGUUGUGGAAGACCAGUUUUUCACUUCCUUUCUUGGUUUCAGUUUGUAAUGUUUGCAAAUUAUAGUUUAGUUUCUUUACUUCCUUUGAUUUGGGAGAAGACCAAGUUUUCCUUCCCAACAAUAAAAUGAUUUAUAAGAUAAAUGCUUUAUCCCACAGAGCUCUGUUCUGUGAUACCUUUUUGUUGCUGGAGUCUGCUAUGUUCUGCUCUCUCUCAUGUGUCAAGUGUGCUGUAUCCAAAUCUGGUUGACAGUGGGGAGAAGGCAUACAGCAUCAUUCCUCCCGGUGUCCUGAGUGUCCUGGCUGUAAGGGGAACAGUUGGCCUAGAGGUCAGGUUUCUUUGUCAGCUGGGAACUUGUGGGUCCUUCCUUCCUCCCCCCACCUCCUCCCUAAAAAAGUCACCUAGCCAGGUGGUAGCAGAUUGCAACAUCCUGCCUGCCAGAACAGCAGGAAAUGGCUUUGAGCAGAGGAGAUUCCAGCCCACAUCUCCUCAGGAGGUCUUUCUGCAGGGAUGUUUUUCCUGUAGGUAGAAAUUUGUUCCUGAAUGCUGAGACACUCUUGCAAUUUUCAAAAUGUAUAUGUGCAAAAGUGAGAUUUGAGAAGUCUUGAGCCUGGUGGUGUUCCCACAGUACCUAAAGAUUUUUCACUAGAGAACAGGGCAACAUGAACAUUUCUUGUUUACUGUUCAGCAGUUUCUGCUGUUGGAGUCAGGUGCAGAGGGCAGCAUAUUUAGAAUGCUAAAUACUCAGUUAGGUUCCAUUCUUUAACUUAAAGAUAGGUGGAGGAACCUUUCCCCUAGUAACAUGGAUUUGAAAACAAUAUUUCUGAAAAUGCCACCCAAGACUUAUUUUCCAGUUAUAAAGUUUCCUUUCUUCCCAGGACUGUUUUCGCAGUACAAUAUUCUCAACCAGAAAGUUUUAGAAAAAUGAUUUAAACUCAGAAUACAUUAAGUUAAAGUAAAAUAUAUAGUUUAUACAUAUGGAGGAUUUGAGGGCAGGGAAGUUGCUUGGGGGUUUUGGUUUUGCUGUUAUUACCAGACUCUGUUCAUGUGAGGGACUGCAGUGAUACUAAGAGCUGCUUUGCCUACAGAGCACCUCUGAAUUUUAUUUUCCAUAUUCCUUGUAUUCCUGUGUCUCACAAACUACCUUUUGGAGCCUUUUCCUCUCCCCUCUCCCUUUCAUUGUCAUUUGUUCCUAUUUAGUUACAUCUCAUAUGCUCCCUGCUGCAGGUGUGAUUAUUUUUUUAUGUAGAAGAUAUAAACUGUGAGCUUACUCUUUUCCUGUUUCUUAGAAACAUAGAAUGUUUGGGGUCGGAAGGGACCUUAAAGAUUUCAGCAGAGUAUGUGUGUCUCUUCCAAGAAAAGCUCAAAAACUGCA